UUUCAUUUCUUUUGUUCUAAUAAAUAUUAAAUGAUUUAUAAAUCAAUAUUGACAAGUAGUUUGUGUCAUAAAGUUGAAAGCAAGUUCUUGAUCGUGUAAUUGCAGCCAUUUAUAACACAGGUUAAACAUAAAAAGUGCGUAAUAAUCAUGUCAAAUGUUGAUGUUCAUUGCGAUAAUGGUGCCGUGCGAAUAAUAGUUCGUGAAAGACCAGUACGAGAUGCACAAGGAUUAGAGGAGGACUCUUCAAGUGUAAUUUCAUACCUAGAAAGCACUCCAAAUGUACUUUUUGCGGACGGAAGACCAUUUACUUUUGAUAAGGUUCUAGGCCCAAAUGCUUCACAGGAACAGUUAUUCCUUGAUGUUAGUUUCUUAGUUGAAAAAGUAAAACAAGGUUACAAUUGUACAGCUUUAGCUUAUGGGCAAACUGGUACUGGUAAAUCUUAUUCGAUGGGACUUAAUUCCAACGCUUGUGACGCAGAGUUUGUAGGAAUUAUUCCAAGAUGUUUGAGAGAGAUACUAAGCACAUCUCUGAAUAAUACUUCAGAAAGCCAUUUAGGAUCAAUUGAGCUAAACGCGUCAUUUAUAGAAAUAUAUAAUGAAAAAGUUUUUGACUUGCUAAGUGAUAAAACUACGGAUCCAAUCUCUUCUCGAGGAUACAAAUAUACGGGUGGCACUCGAAAGGUUCUCAAAUCUUUAGAAGAUUGCUAUAGUGUUCUACUCCACGGUAACAAGAAUAGACAUGUGAGACCGACCAAAAUGAAUUUACAAAGUUCAAGAUCACAUGCAAUUUUUACAAUUCAUAUAAAUACUUUUUCUGGAAAUGGUGUUCUCAAUACCAGGUUAAAUUUAGUAGAUUUAGCUGGUUCAGAGGGUGUGCGCAGAACAGGUCAUCAAGGAAUGGCGAUGUCAGAAGGAGUCAACAUAAAUCAAGGUCUUUUAUCUAUUGGUAAAGUUUUACAGGCUAAAGCGCUUGGGCAUAAAGUCGUACCAUAUCGUGAUAGUGUAUUGACUACAGUUUUACAAGAUUCGCUCAAUGAUAACUCAUAUUUAACACUUUUGGCUUGCAUUAGUCCUCAUCGUUCAGAUCUAUCUGAGACCUUAUCAACUCUUCGUUUUGCCCAAAGUGUGAAACAAUUGAAACACUCACCGCACAUAAAUUUUAUAGUAACAGAUAUAAAGAAAAAUCGAUUGAAAACUCCAAAGAGACCCGUCAUGACACCAGUACCUACCAAGCCACAAUUUUCUAAAAAUACCAUUAACAUGGGAAUAAAGGUUUUAAAACCCAUUUAUCAUAGUAACACAUUUUGUACUCCGAGCAAGUUGAAAAGAUACGCUAAUGCCGAUAAACUGAACCGUUCGGAAAUUGGUUUAACACCCAAGCAAAAGGAAAAAGAGCAAAGAGGUCUUUUUCAGUCUUGUGUCUCUGAACUUCCUAUAGUGCACUCAAAAUUGAUACAAACCAAUCGAGAAUCAACCAUUACAAUGGACAAAUCCCUCGAUUCUCGAGCUUCGAUUAUGAGUUUGAAUGUGUCAUCAUCAACAGUGGUAGGGAAUGAUGGGACCGAAUCAAGUAAAGUCAUAAGCUACAGUCCCGUCGUGCGAAAGUGUAUGGUAGAAAUAGAAAACGUGAUGGAUAGCAAGAUGUCACAAUUAAUGGAAACUUUAAAAGAUAUAAAUAGGGAUAAUAUUCAACAUCGAUCUGAAAUCAUGGCCACUCCAUGGCCAAGUACGGGUGAUUCAGUUAGUGCAGGACCACUUCCACUUGCACUCCGUAAUGAAUUAAAGUAUAUUAUACAAGAAGUAUUAAAAGAAAAUGUCAAAUCAAAUACCAAAAUUUCGGAUGAUGCAAAUAGAUCCGAGUCAAUAUUGUUAGAUUCUUCUCUUUUAAGGAAUGAUCCUAAAUGUCAACUGUUUGCUACAAGUAGUCCAGUUUUCAAAGUCCCAUCUGCACCUAAUAAAGAAUUAAAUAGUUCUGCAAAGCAGAUGUCUCCGAAAUUAAUGGAAAUCGAUGAAGAAGCUAAACGUUAUAAAACUGCAAUAAGACGAUCUAAGCGUAUUUCUGCAGUAAAGGGGGAAGUGGUAUUACACAGUUCAUUUAAUGAUUUAAGAGGACAAAGUUGUAUUAAUAAAGCAUUACGACGUUCUAGUCGCAUUUCGAAAAUUGGGGAACAAACUGAAUUGCAGAGAGUAAACGCUUCUUCUAUGAUAACGCUAAGCUCAAUGCCACGAAAAAAAAAUGUGUCACAUAUUGAAAGACGGAAAGAGAAGGAUGGAAAUGGACGAACCAAACAAGUCUCUAAAUCACACAACAAUGCUAGUCAUCGUAAAUCGUUCUUAAACAACAAUAUAAUUGAGAGUUACUUUAGCACUGACCCGCAAAAGUCAAGUUCGCACAUCAACGAAAAAGAAAAGAAAUCGAAUAUUUUGAAACAUCGAGCGGCAGUACUAAAUUUAUUAAAUUCUGGCUCUAUGAAAGAAUUGCAGGUACUGCCCCAGAUAGGUCAAAAAACGGCAUAUCAAUUGGUAACUCAGAGAACAUUGAACGGAAAAUUUAAAAAUAUAUCACAACUUGAAAAACUCACAAUAUGGCGUGGAAGCUCAUGGACACGUUUUGCGCAAGCUAAUUUGCUCAUUGAUUAAAACGACUUCCGACAUUUUCUUCAUUUAAAGCAAUAUUUAUUUAAAAUCUCAUAUUAUUUAGUAAUGUAACUAAUUACGUUUUUUUGUAAUAUUAUAUUCAUAAAAUGUUCGUAUUAAAUUAAAAAUAUUGUACAAAAAAAA